AUGUAUCACCACUCCAGUCCUCCGCGCGGCUGGCCUGCAUACGACUACACCACCUCGCCUCCAGCAUCGCCCUACUACCAGUCCUUCUACGCCUCGCCGCACGCCAAUGCCUCGCCGCGCAACCCCGCCAGGCGUCACUCGCGCAAAGCCAGCUAUGCAUCGCCCAGGGAGUCCGGAUGGUACUCGGCCUACGCCCACUACCACGAUCCUGUGCCAGAAUAUGCCUCGUCCCGCAACAUCAACAUCAAUAACACCAGCAGCAGCAAUAACAAGCACGACAAUGUAAGUGCGUCUUUUGGUCACAACAAGAGGAAACACCGUGCUUCCAUGCCGGAUCCUGGCUUUGGUUUUGGUUACGAUUACAUCCGUCCCUCGCGUAUGCCGAAACGACCUAUCAUUAUUGAUGUGGUUGACGACGCUGACGAUGAGCCGGCCUACAUCUGCCGCGAGCCUAAAAGCGUCCGCUUCCAGCGACCUUAUUCGUACCGCAAAACUGAUCCUCACUCUUUUGCUUCUGCCCAGGUUCCUCCCCCCAUCUAUGAAGAAGACGUGAAACGCUCCCGAGCCCGUCGUGCGUCCACUUCCACCCGAACAACGCCUCCCAAGCCCAAGGUGAGCGUGCCGCCGCCCAAGUCUCCCCGCAAAGCCACCGAGGCCGAGGCCGCCGAGGCCGGUAUCCCCAGCGGCUACUCCAUCAAGAACUGGGAUCCGACCGAGGCUCCAAUCAUGCUUCUCGGGAGUGUCUUUGACGCCAACUCGCUGGGAAAGUGGAUCUACGACUGGACUGUUUACUACCAUGGCGCCUCGACCCCGAUGGCCGACGUGGCCGGCGAGCUAUGGCUGCUCCUAAUCAAACUGGCCGGCAAGGUCAAGCGAGCCGAUGAGUGUAUCGAUCGUGUGCGCCGCCCGGAGUCCCGCGAGCUGCUCGAAGAUUUCCUCGACAGUGGCGAUCGGCUGUGGACGCGCUUCAAAGUGCUGCUGAAGGAUUGCGAGCACUUCAUGUGGAAGGCCGCCAAACGUGAAAGCGGCCGAGGCGCCCCCGUAUCCAUGGGCCGCAAUGCCGGCUGCGAGUUUGUCGAGUCCAUCUUUGGACGCGACCGAAAAUUGCAAGAUACCGAAAAACUGAUGAACAGCAUUCGCUUGUGGGAUAUGCGGUUUGAUGCAAACUGCGAAUCGAUCUUGCGACCCUCUCGCAAUUCAUCUCGACGACAGUCUACCGUGUAG